CCUAAUCGCAGACGCACUGGGAAGAGAGUUGUUUACAAACAGUUUACUGUCCGAAACAAGAAGGAAAACAUUGUUUUUAACUACCCAGUGUAGCUAAAUGGUAUUUUAUUCAACACCACGGAGGCCAACAACUGCCCGUAGCGGCUGUAAAUUACGUUAUUGAAGUGUGUUUUUGCUGUGAGGUGAAGCUUAGCAGGUGCGGCGUCUAACUUCCACAGAGGUGCUCGGUCAGCGGGACACAUGGCAGAAGAAGCCAACAAGCUGACACUGAGGCGCCUGGAGGCUCCGAUUCACAAGUUCAUUAAAGUGGCCCUGCCCACGGACCUGGAGCGGCUGCAGAAACACCACAACAACAUACUGAAGUACCAACACAGCCAGCAAUGGGAGCGCCUCCACCACGAGCACAUCAACGCCAGCAGAACUGUCCAGCAGCUGAGAGCAAACAUCAAGGAGAUGGAGAAGCUGUGCACUCGGGUUCGUGCCGAAGACGCCGCCGCUCUGGAAGCCCUCGUCAGGCCGGUCAGAGACAGAGCGUCAGCCGCUGCACGAGACUUCCUGCUUCUGCACUCUAACCCCAUCGCUGCACCACCACCUGCCGCUCAGACGUCCAGCUGUGGAUCCGGUGGCCACCACGCUGAUGACGAAGUGGGCGAGGAGCCGGCAUCUGGCAGGCAAAUUCAGCUCCACCUUCCAGAGAUCCCUGCUGAACAGAGUGCAUCUGAGUCCUGGGAUAACCUGGAGGAGGAUCUGAAGGAGCUGAGUGGUUUGGUGACGGAGUUCUCGCUGCUUGUCCAUUCCCAGCAGGAGAAGAUUGACAGCAUAGAGGACAACGUCAACACAGCCGCUGCCAACGUGGAGGAGGGGACCAAGAGCCUGGGGAAGGCGGUGGGCUAUAAGUUGGCGGUGUUGCCGGUUGCCGGGGCGUUGCUGGGCGGCGUAUUGGGAGGCCCACUCGGCCUGCUGGCUGGGUUCAAAGCUGCAGGGGUGGCGGCUGCUCUGGGAGGGGGCGCCCUGGGGUUUGCUGGUGGCAACUUGGUCCAGAAACGCCGCCGAGCCCUGGUGGAUCUGCAGAUGAAGCAGCUAACAGCGCCGCCGCCACCGGACGAACCAGAGCCAAGCAAAGACAAAUGACCCACCAGGCCUGGUUCAGUCUAGCUGCUGGUUAAUCACUGAGGCUCCUGAAAGCAACCGACAGACUCAGACGUCGCUAAGCACUGCUGUUACCAAGCACUGUGUCCAACAAGUAUGUAAUAACAGCCUUACUUUAGAGUCAGAUACGCUGACGUUUGAGUGGUGUUUCUGUCGGAACGUAAAUCUAAUUUUCUACACACAGUAGUUUUUUUUAUUCAGCAUAACAGCUAUUUACACUACAGCUUUUAGUGUGUGUGGUCGGCCGUGAGCACAACUCUACUGAAGACAAAUGAUGUUUGGUACCAAAUAAAUCCACUGAACAGACACAACUACAAGAGCACACUGGAGCUGUGUUCCUUAAACUAACUUAUUCUCUACAGUUCAGGUUUACCAGUGGUCACGCCUCAAUGUUCCUUUAUGCAGAAAAUAAUGUGAACAGCUGGAGCAGCCUGAUGUGAAAUAAGUGUUGCUAAUUUAUGUAAAGUGUGUUGUACAGUAGACAACAGUGCAAUAUCACUUCAAUUUCAAAUGAUUCUAAACUGUAUCACCUGACAGAAACUGAUUACUUCUAAGUUCGACAGUAGGUUAGUUGUUCUUACAUAAAAUUGAAAAGAAAAGUUUAGAUAUACUUGACUAAUAACACAAGCCCCACAGUAGGAACAUAAUCAUGCUGGAAUAUUCCUCUUCUUCCAGCUUCUUUUCAGUCAGUAUUUUGGUUUAUUCACAGACAUUUAUCUAUAAAUGUCAUCUCUCCAACACCUUUUGCCCUCAUGCAGCCCCAUAUCAUCAUACUUCCACCUCCGUGCUUCACUGUCAGGACUAUUCAUCCACUGUGGUAGUCCUGGUCAGGUUCACACCAAACAUGCUGGACUCCACCUGACCUCAACAAAUUUAUCUUCAUCUGACCAAAUAAUGUGCACUUAACAUUCAUCAGGGUUGUUUUUAUGUUCUUUUAGCCAAGUUUCAUCUUGCAGUUUUGUGCCGAAGGACAGGGAAGGUGUUUUUUGUGGACACUAACCAUAGAGGUUGGUGUUCUGAGCUUCACAGAAACUCAGAUUUCCAUUGAUAACCCUUUUACCAAGUCUAAAGCAGCUGUUGUCUGUUUUUUACAGCUAGACUGUGAUAAUAAUACAUUUUAUUUGUAAGCGCCUUUCUUGACACCCAAGGUCACUUUACAGUAAAAUCAAAUACAACAAAACAGAUAAAAACCAUACAUAAAGAUAAAAAGCAUAUAUAAAGAAAGAGGCAGCUAGAGAGAAUAAAUAGUCCUGAACAGAUGAGUUUUGAGUUUGGAUUUGAAGAGAGACGGAGUCAAUAGUCGUUCACUGUCUGUGGAGUCAUUUUAGCAGGACGACCACUGCAGCCAUGAUUAGUGGCACUAUGAGUCCUUCUAUACCUCCUGGUUACUGCUGACACUGUGUUUUACUGAUUUUUACUUGAUCUUCUUGCAUCCUCAUAAGUCUUUUGAAAUUUUUUAGUUCUUCUGGUAGUUCUACCGACGUGGAGCCAUGAUGCAGGCAUGAUGAUAGACACAUCUAUAGGUCAAAAAACUGGGAAAGUUCUGCCCUUCACAGCUCAUUUUAUCACCACGUCCAUGCAGUUAGGCUUGGUUUGAGUGACCACAGGUGCUUUCAGUUUUCGGUUUGAAUUUUCAACAUAGUUUUUCUAAAGUUUUUGAUUGUUCAUAAGGGGAAAACACUCUACUGUUCAAUUCAAAUGCCAUAAUUACCGAGAGACAGUUUUGAAUCAUUUGACAUUUAGGCGAUAUUGCACAGGAGUGUACUCGUGUCUCUUGUAUACUGUAAAUUAUGUUCUGUAUUAAUGCAGCAAAAUUGCACAAAAAGAGCCCAAGUGCCACUGUCCAGAUCACUUCAGGGACUGGAGAAUAGAAACCUGCCGUGUAUUGAUUAUUACACCACUGUUGCCAAAUAAAGUGUCUCUUUUCAACA